GGGUGAUCCAAGGGGCUCUGGCAUCACUUGCUCGGGUCUGGUCGUUUGGCCAUCUCAAGUAGCUAACCCGUAACGCACUGUUUUCUCGGCAACAUACUUCGGACAAGCAGGAUGUCAGCAUGGAGUGUGGCCCAGCCCUGCCAGACAGCCUGGUGCUGGAGAUCUUCCUCCAUUUACCCCACGAUGCUGUGCUGAGUGCUGGCCUUACCUGUAGACAGUGGCUGGCUGUCUCCCGAGAUGAGUUCCUGUGGAGAGAGCUGUUCUACAGCUACUACCGCAUCCCCCGCACAGUGCCUCGACACCCAGCCUCCGUGUCUUGGUACAGGGAGUUCAAGCGCCUGUACGACUGCAUCCCCUGUGAGGAGGUGCAGACCCUGACGGAGCACCACGACCAGGUCCUGCACCUGGCCUUCUCCCACAGGGGCCACCGCUUCUCCUCCUGCUCCAAGGACUGCACCAUCAAGCUAUGGGACACGGAGCGACCCGAUGGCAUCAUUUCCCUGGUGCACAGCUCCAGUAUGCUCCAUUUCAACUGGGCGUACACCCAGUUCUCCCAGUUCAACGCUGACGACAGCCUGCUGCUAGUGUCUGGGGUCUACCUGGGACCGCACCAGUCCUCCUCUGGGGAGAUCGCCGUCAUCAGUCUAGACAACUACACGCUGCUGUCGCGCGUGCGGAACAAGCCCUACGACGUGUUCGGAUGCUGGCUCAACGAGAGCCACCUGAUCUCUGGGAACCUGCACUGGAUCGGCAACAUCACCUCCUGCUCCGUGUUCUGGCUCAACAAAGCCUUCCAGGACAUCGAGUCGGAGAACGUCAACGUGGUGAAGCGUCUCUUCCAGAUCCAGAACGUCAACGCCAGCACGGUGCGCACCGUCAUGGUGGCCCACUCGCGUCGCCACGACAACCCGGACCUGCUGCUGGACUACGAGGCGCAGUCCCUGGCGCGGGCCCAGAGCCGGGCCCGCGCCCCGAGAAGCGGGCCGCACCAGACGCUGCACUUUGACCUGGGCGGCACCGACAGCGAGGAGGACGGCAGCGGGGAGGAAGAGGAGGAGGAGGAGGAGGAGCGCCUGAGGCGUCAGGGUCCCGCCACGCCGCGGCUGCCUCAGCCCACGUCCUCGGGCCUGGAGGUGCUGCAGCGCUGUCGGGGGGCCGGCUCCGCCGAGCUGGAGGCCGAGGCCACGGUGGCCCGGAUGAUGGGCCGCGCCUACACCAAGACGCCCGACCCCUCCCUCAUCACCGCCUCGGCCCCCGGGGAGGGGGAGGACAAGACCUACCUGCUGUUCACCACCGGGAGCCUGACGUACUCCCCGCACCAGAUAGGCAUCAAGCGCAUCAUGCCCGACCAGAUGAGCACCAGCGGGCCCGUGCUGGGCGGGGAGCGCAGCUCAGAAGAGUUCUUCGACUCUCUGGACCACGUGAUCGACAUCCACGGACACAUCAUCGGCAUGGGCCUCUCGCCAGACCACAGGUAUCUGUACGUGAACAGCAGGGCGUGGCCGGCCGGCUGCGUCAUCUCGGACCCCAUGUGCCCCCCGCCCAUCGCGGAGGAGAUCGACCUGCACGUCAUCGACCUGAAGAACCUGAGGGAGGAGAAGAUGAUCCUGCGCUCGCACAAGGCCUACACGCCCAACGACGAGUGCUUCUUCAUCUUCCUGGACGUCAGCCGGGACUUUGUCGCCAGCGGUGCGGAGGACAAGCACGGCUACAUCUGGGACCGCCACUACAACAUCUGCCUGGCGCGGCUGGCCCACCAGGACGUGGUGAACUGCGUGGCCUUCAGCCCCGCCGACCAGGAGCUGCUACUGUCGGCCAGCGACGACUCCACCAUCAAGGUGUGGCGCUCGCCGCGCAUGGUGCGCCUGGCUCGGACCCCCGGCCCCCGCCGCAACCUGCUGCCCUCCUGGUUCACCCGCUACAAGACCCCCGCCACCUCCACAAGGAGCACCACCACCGCCGCCGCCGCCGCCACCCCCACCCCAGCAGUAGAGGAGCAGGAGGAGGAGGAGAGAGACGGAACCAUUUAACAUCCAUCAAUGGUUAUGUCCUUCCUCCACCAACCAGCAUCAUGCUGAAUCAUGAGCAGUACAGGAGGGCCAUCAGAGGAGCAAAAAGGACAUAGAGGACUAAGGUGGGGUCAAGUGACCAUAGCUCUGGACCCAGAACAAAGACAAGACUGCAAUGGGAGGGCCUACAGUUUGGACCAGUCCACCUGCUCACACCUGAGUGCCAAGCCAAUGGAUCGCCUACAUUCACUGUAGCCAAGGUGGAAGUCCUCUCACAGGGCGCCAGGCCUGUACGGCACAAGGCCCUCAGGGGCUGUGCUGACCCCGACAGCAGAGGUCUUCAGUGACAUCUCAACCUCUCCCUCAGCCUGUCUGUUCUCCCCACUUAAUGCAACCGGACCACCAGUGUGUCCUUAUGCCCAGGGGAACCAAUGUCCCUUGCAUGAGCAACUAGGGCCCCCUCUAAGCAUUGACCUCAGUCAUGAUGCAGUGCUCUGAGCGGCCGGUCGAGUCAUUCAUCUGCUCCUCACUGCCUUCCACCUCGGACCUGGACAAGUGUUGAAUGUGAUUUGAUUUUUAUCAGUGUGUUUGUUUUUGUGUGGAAUUCUCAUUUAAGGGUUUGUUUUUCAUCCAUCAGAUCUGCUUUUUUUUUGUUUUUGUUGACCAUUUUAAAUAAACAGCCCGAGUUUGCGAAA